AGGCGCCGCGGCGCAGGCCCCGGCAGCGCGCCCGGCGUUGUGGCCGCCGCCGCAGCGAGGCCUUUCCGGCACCAUGGUGCAGCUUUAUAACUUGCACCCUUUCGGGUCGCAGCGAGUUGUGCCCUGCAAGCAAGAGCCGGCGCAGUUCUGCUGCGGCCGCGAUGUUCUGUUCGUGGCCAGCGCGGCGGCCAGCUGCAGGGUGGAGGUGUUCGCCGUGCGCGACCAGGGCCGCUGCGAGCCGCUGGGCUCCUUCGCCACGCUGGGUCCCGUGCUGCGCAUGGCCUACAGCCAGGCAGGAGACUAUCUGGUAACAAUUGAAGAAAAAAGCAAAGUAACUUUCCUAAGAGCAUACGUGAACUGGAGAUGCAUGUCUGCAGGGAGUUCUCGUGUUUGUGUUCGGAUGGUUGGUCACAAGAUGGAAGAGUCAUACAGCGAAACCUUAAAAGAACAGAUGUCAGUUGUGGAAAUGCCACUUUCAGAUCCUCCACUGUGCAUUUCAUGUUGUCCUGUAAAUGGAGAUCUUCUUGUGGGCUGCAAAAAUAAACUAGUCAUGUUCUGUUUGAAAUACCGAGUCAUAAACCAGAAUUUGACUGUGUUAGACUUUGAACGCUCCUUAAUUUUACACAUUGGUAACUUAAUUCCUGCUGACGUUGCAUUUUGUGCCAGACAUAUAGCUAUAACAACAGAGCUGGAUGUUCUGGUCCUGAAACUGGUGCAGCAAAGCGCAGACAGCACAGAGCAAUGUACACACAGAGGUGGUACACUAGAAAAGCCUGUGGAUGGAGGUGUGAAAGAUCAAGGCCCUUCAACACAUACUUUGCAGCUUGAAUUAGAUGAGUUCAUCAUAUGUCAGAAGCCAGUGGAACUGCUUGGGGAAGAAAGUAAGCUAUGUGAGAUACCCAUCAGCCUGGAAUCGAUGGAGUUACCUACAGAAGACACAGAGUGCUUCCAAGUGCAGUAUUUGCUUUUCAGACAUUUCACACCUGACCAGUCGCCUUUUGGGUUCUGUGAAGAGACAAAUUUGCACUCUGUUCAGCUGCUUCCCAUAUACCAGACAGGAGGUUCUGUGACAGCUCAUGAGGAAACUGAGAACAAGAGAGAACUACUGAGUCUCUUCUGCUUUUUCUCAUUACCUCAUGUUGGAUACCUCUACUCUGUUGGGAAGUCAGUAGAACUGAUUUCUACUUACCAAUAUUCGGAGAGGUCAGAGCAGGCGGUUCUUACUCCACAGUUCCUGCAUGUCGUUACAAGUGAGAACCUGCAGUGUUUCACAGUGCGCUGCAGUGCAGCAGCAGCUCGUGAUGAGGAUCCAUAUAUUGAUACAACUGUGAAGGCUUGUCCACCUGUUGCACUGGAUGUCUGCACCUUAAGAAUGCAGCUUUUUAUAGGACCGAGAGCUCUCUGUCAUUUCAAAAGCCAUAUAAUUCUUCUGACCAAGGCAGAUACAGAAGAUAUUACUGAAAGAAGAAAGCCUACAAGAAGGAUGCUUUCCAGAAAGGCUGACAACAUCAAAUCCAGAACAAAUUCUGAAUCAGAGCCUGGUUGGAAUUUAUAUAUUAUAAACACCGUUUCAACCAUUCAGCUUUACAGAGAAAUGGUAGAUUAUAGCAGAACUUACGUAAAUGUAAAAACUGAGAGUUGCAUCCAUCUUCUAAGUGAAGCUCACUUACUGGUCAGAGCAGCUAUAAUGGACCCUGGUUUCCUUAAGUCAGAUGAGAAAGAAGAACUUCUAAGAGCAUUCAGAGAAAGUUGUGCCUUCUUAGGAGACUGCUACAGCAGGUUUGACACAAAGGAUUACCAUCUUGCUUUGCCAUACUACAGAAUGUCAGGUUUAUCUGUGACUGAAGUUUUAAACAGACUAGUUUCAGAAGGUGAUGAAAUACAGUCGUAUGAGAGAGGACUGAUGUUUUACUUAACUCAUUCUCUUAAUGAAGACUUAAAUGAAGAAUUAAGUAAGGAAUCAGCAAAUAAAGUUCUCCAAAUAUUCUAUCUUGCUGACCCUGAGCAGCUGCCUCAUAUCCUCUGCAGCCCCUGCAUGAGAAAUGUAUGUCCUUUGACAGCUGUGAAAUAUCUUCAGAAAGUAGAAAGGAUUAUGCCAUCAGUGGUCCUGACACUUACUAAGGCUUUCAUGGCUCUGAAAAUGGGAGACCUGGUGAUGUAUGAACAUGAGAUGGACUCCUAUAAGGAGACAAUGCUGGCUUGUGGCUUCAUUGGGCAACCAAAACUCUUGAAGCAGCAUAAGGAAGGAAUUGUUAUACCAACUGAAUUUGCCAUUUACCUGAAGGAGAUGCAGCCUGGCUUACUGGUGGCUGCCAUGGUGGCUUUACACGAGAACAGCAAAAUAGAACUGGAAGAAGCAGAUACCUUUUUCAAGAUGUUGUGUAGUAACAGUGCAAACACUAUUCCUCAGCUCCUGGUGGAUUUUUGGGAAGCUCUUCUUGUAGUGUGCUCUCAGGAAGAAAUACUUCAGAAGCUUUUAUUGAGGAUUAUUUCUCAGUAUGUUUGGAGAAUAUCAAAGCAGCAACUUCCUGAGAGUAAGCCUUUGAAAACAACAGAGGAUCUGAUAAACUCCUGUAAUCAUUUUGAGUUGAUUUUCCCAUGGGUAACUUCCAUAAUGUCAGUGGGACCUCCACCUGGUAAAGAUUACCAUGAAGAUAUCUCAAAACUACAGUCUCUUUUAUGCAGUCAGUCAAUCAGUAUUGCUUCAGCUCUGCCUGUCUUGGAGCCUCUGAUGGAGGCUGGCAGUGUUGGCCUCACCAUCCGUGUUCUCUGCAGUACUCGUCUAGGCGAGUACGAGGAAGCCAUUGACCAGCUCCUGAGAACCUGCCCUGCUGCAGCUGUGUUAUAUGCUCAGCAUGAGCUGAAAGGUGACAGUCGGGCUGUGUGGUGGACCAAGCUGCUUCCUGAACUUUGCAAGAGAGCCAGACUUAAUAGAAAUGACUGCCCUGAUCUUAUUUCAUCACUGAAAGAAACGUUAUCAGUUGUUGCAAUGGAACUGGAACUAAGGGAUUUCCUUAGUCUGCUACCAGAAGAUGGAACUGCAGCAUUUUUCCUGCCACAUCUUCUUCACUGCAGCCAAAGGAAGCUGCCAACUUAAAACAACAAAAGUAUGCUGUGCACCCAAAUACAAAGAAUGUGCUGGAAUAAAAAUGUAAAUGAAACAAAUAAUAGAACUACAUCUAAGGUACUGUGGGACUCCCCUCACACAAAUUACAUUCUUUCUCCCUUGAAACCUUAUGACAGCUCUCUAAUGAUAGUUAAGGCAAAGCAUCUUUCUUGAAGCCAAUGCUACUGCAUCCUGACAAAGGUCAGCAAAGGAGAAUUCCCGCCUGGUAGAACUGAAAGGUUGUUGGACUGGUAAAAACAUAGCUAUUGAGCCAUCAGGCAGGAUCACUCAUCUUCUCAGCUAGGGUGAACUCAUGGCCAAAGCUGUAGAAGUGCCUUACUCUUUGCCAGCUGGCAAACCUGCUCAGCUGCUUUGUCAAUUACAUCCCCAUGCAGGUGUUAACACUGAAAAUGUUUUCAUUUAUCAAAUCACAAAGAAGCCAUAAAGCGAAAUGGAAGUGUUCCCAAGGGGCAUGGAAGAUACGGACUACUGCUUGCUUGCUAUUCUUUGUUUUCCUUCUCGUCCUCUUGUACUCUCUCAGUAGACAAGAAUUCACAAUACUGCUAGGCCACAAAUCCAGCUGAAAACUUACUUCCAGGUUUUGGUAAGCAUCUCAGGUACUUGUGCUUGUAUGUAUUGAUGUGUCUUUUGGGCAGAAAACAUCCUUCUGCUCCUUCAGCUGGAAUUCAAUCAUAAUAAACUGUUACAGUGUUUAUGACCUUAUAAAUGCAGUUUAUUUUUUUGAGACUCUAGGACGAAUUAGGCAAUGACUCCAUGAAUCCAUAACUGUCUCAAGGCCUGGGCAGCUGAUGCUAUCAAAUCUGGUUUCAUUUUUAAGCUGUAAUAUUAAACCUGUACCCAGAAAAGAUCAUCUACAUUACAGAUACAGUAAAUUUAAAACGAAAAAGAAUUGGUUUAACUUACUUGUGUGUGGUGUUUGUGUGGAGCCGUGAGGAGGGAGCUGCAGCGCUGGUCACCGUGAGCAGUUGUCCGCCCCUCGCCCGGUGCUCAGGCGACUCACCCGGCCGGGCCCGAGCCGUCUGGCGCCUCUGCCAGCACCGUGUGAAGGGAAACCUACAGCAGAACGGGGUACCACAGUCGGAGAAGGAGAACCGCCGCACCGGAGACCUCCCACAGCCCGCGGCGGUCCACGGAGGGUGCUGGCGGGACUGAGAGUCAGGAGCGGCUCCCGGAGAGCGCGCCCGGACGGGCAGGAGACUCUGAGGCGGCGUCCGGGCUGGAGGUCCGUGCGAAGUGCCGGCGGCCUACGGAGACACACGCAGGGGGGGAGAGGAGCUGCAGCCUCGGGAUGAACGCCCGUCGGAGCGGCCCCUGCGGGACUGUCGGGCCGGUGAGGAACCCCGAGAUGGGGAGAGGAGCUGCAGCCUCGGGAUGAACGCCCGUCGGAGCGGCCCCUGCGGGACUGUCGGGCCGGUGAGGAACGCCGAGAUGGCGCAGGGAGGCCUGGCGAGAAGUGCGUCAGCCCUGAGGCGAGCCAAGCGGCAGGAGCCACGGGGAAGGGGCUGACUGCAGCCCCCUGGUCCCACCACUGCGGAGCUGAAGGAGCAGAUGACACCGGCAAUGAAGAUGGGAGCAGUGUGGGGGAAGAUGGUCUGAAAGGGUUGGUUGUGCUCUUCAUCGUUGUGUCUCUCUGUGUUGUUUUGAUUGUUCUGGUUGUGGCUGGUGGUGAAUGAAAUUAAUUUCUGUUCUCAAGUGCAGCAGUCCUGUCAGUUAUGCCCAGGCCUGUAAGUGGUGAGUGAGCCCUCCCUGUCCUUUGGGGGUUCCAAAGGCCCUCAGUACUUUUCUUUUCCCUGUCCCCUUGGGAGAGAAAGCAGUGAACAAGUGGCUGAUCAUGGUCCUUUGCUCCUGGAUAGGCCUAAGUCACGUAACAUUCCUGCUACAGCCAAAAUCAGCAAUUAACUUAACCAGUAGGGCUUAUGCUUGUUUCAAUAGAGUCAUUCUACUUUAAAGGCCAAAGCAAUUUGGUUAUAAUACAGAGAAGCAACUUUGUUCUGAUAACUGUAAAGCCCAAAUGUUUUGUUUUGCCUGCCUAUCCCCAUCCAUCCUUCCCCCAUUUGACACAGGUGUAACCUGUGGAGUUGGGCUAUUAAAACACAAGUGGAUGGUGAAACAAUACCAGCUCUUACUACUCUCAUUUUUGACUAGCAUCAGUCAUGCACUAGUACUGCUGCUUCCAUCUGUCCAAAAAUGCUUCAUUUCCCAGCACUGUACUACAUAAUGACUAAUGACUCAGCUGCAGUUUAAGAUUCACCUGAGCAAAGCUCUUGAGUAGGCCAAUCACCAAAUUUUGCCCUUGACCAUCUGAAUUUCAUCAGGCUUAUUUCAGCACAAGUCAGCCUUGUAAUUAUUUUCAUAACAAAACUGAAAAGGUCAUGUGCAACCAUGAUCCCUCAGCCAUUGCAUCUUUAAAAGUCACUGUCUGGAAAGAUGAUACUGAGUAAAAAUACAAAAUAAUUCAAGAGAAAGAACCGUUUUGUUAGCUGUUCAAUUGUACAAUCACACCAUUUUAUGUGUGAACCUAUAAAGUGAUAACCAAAUUCCUGUUUUCCAAGCAAUAAAUACUGCUAUAUCUGAGCAGUAAAAUGUGACAGCAGAUACCUAAAACAAAUUUUGCUGUUAGACAGGGUCAUUUACAAACUUAAAAAACCCCACCAAAACCACAAGGGAAAGUACCUUUCACUUGGUUCUUCCAUGUUCCUUAUCAGUUAAGUAACAGGCAUUACACAUCACCUGGAAUAUGUUCACCUUGCAAUAUACUGUUUUUAUUUAGAGUAAAAGAUAAUUGUAAGCUGUUAACGUUCAUUCAUCUGUCUUAAUCUAUGGCCCUUUUGUUAGCUGUGGGCCACCAAAUGAAAUCUUCCAAAAUACACAUGGAGAUGAAUUGUCCAGGAGAUAGUAUUUCUCAAUGAAUACUUCACUGAAGCUAGGUAGACCUUGGAGAAUCGCUUUGGUAGGAUGUUUUCAUCAUUCUGAUGUGCCUGCCAUACCUUCACACUUGAACUGACAGAAUAAUCUUGGUAACAAAGAUCAUUUGUCUGUAAGGGGAAAACAGCUUUUGUUAAUGCAUAUGUAGAAACAAACUACAAAGUCUGAAGUGAAAGCAAUGGAUCCCAGUACCUUCUAGAUAUUGUGAAUUAGAUUUCAGAACAGCUUUAAGGUACAUAGAAGGGUACAUUUUCAUGGACUUUAGAUGGCUGAUAUGAAAAAUGCAACAUACUGCUUUUACAAGUUGGGAGUCUGCUUCUACGUCUCUUUCUGCGUAUCAUAAGUCAACCUUUAUAUUACCAGUGCAAGUUUUGCACAAUGGAUUCUGUAAAUCAGAAUGGUUUAUAAAAUACAGAGGCACGAAGACUUUAAAGUCAAAUUUUACUGUUUAACAUUCCAGUCCGUGUUUUUAGUACAGGUAUGCAUGUGGCUGUGCAUGUACAGAUACACGUUUUGAAAUGCUCCUAGUGCUCUCUUUCUGACCAUUAACUGUAAUGCAUACCUAUUGUGCUCUGUCAAAAUGUUGAGCACAGGAAAGUGUGGCUUUUGAAAUGUUAUUAACUUUAUAUAAACAAUAACUUUCAAAAUUAUUCAAGGUUGACAAUUUUUCCACAGGUAAUAGCAAUGAAGCAAGGUAAAAGUGUCUGUAAAGCUAAAACACGUCCUGCAGACAGAAAAAGCUAUUUCAGUUUUUCAGUAAAGUGUUAGGGAUGAUGACUUCAGCUUUAUUUACUAACUGUUCUUUUUGCUUUAAAUGAAGAUGGAGAGGGCAUCUGACACUACUGGCACUUGGGUACAGAAAUACUCUGCCUUGUUAAUAAUUAUUUUUAAUUAAAUAUCUGCUAUUUAAGUUUCAUUGAUGGGAAGCUGAAGCAAUAGUUCACAUCCAGUGCUUUAGCUACUUCUGUUUUCUGAGCAGUAGCUCUGAGGCAGCUGGGAUUGGGUGUCUUGCAACAUGUGGGCCUUCAGACAUCAAUAUUAAGCCAUGAGAUACUGCUGGAUGCCCAACUGGUUCAGAGUACACUGGGCUGUCAGAGAGCCCCGUUCUGCAUCUUUAACCAUGAUGAGCAUUACUGAUAGACAUAAGGUCCCACCUUUCUUUGGGAGCACUGUGUAGGUUGUUUCCAUGCCCGCGUGGAUGUGGUCAGUGACGUGACAGUGCAGCAGCCAGGUUCCAGGGUUCUGCGGGGUCAUUUCCACAGUCUGAAAUGUCCCAGGGAACAGAUCAAAGACAUCUGCCUGGUAAACCCCAGUUUGCUUCAGGAGAAAAAGAAGCAGUGGUUAAGCAGAAUGGCAUUACCAGAUGGCAGUACGAUAAGCUAUCUUUUAUGCAUAUUCCCACCAAACCUUUUAAUCACAGUUGAGUGAAAAGACAUCUGCUGUAUGUCAUUUUUAAGGAAGCAUCGUUUAGUACAUCCACUUCAUGCUUCAGAGCUUAAUAAACUAGCAAGUAAAUGAAAAUGAAGGCAAACUACAGUUGCUGUAUUAUCACAGCUAUGAAAAUUCACAGCUACCUUGCCAAAGCAGCUUUUGAGGUUACUGGUCAGCAAAUGCUACUGGCAGGUAUGUUCUGUCUCUUGUGUGUGGAACAAAUACAGGUUUGGAGCAUGAAAACUUCACAGUCAAAUUACAAGUCCUGCUUAAUAUUCUAACAGUUGGCUAUUUACCAGAGAUUACUGUCAUAACACAGUAAGAACUAAGUGGAAAGGCUCAGUUACCUUAUACUCAAAGCUAUGGCCAUGGAAGUGUGCUGUGUGAAUGUCUACUUCAUUGCCCAUCCCCAUCAAAUACCAGCUUACUUCAUCUCCAACAUGCAUAGUCAGACCAUGUAAAUUCCCAAACACCUUUCCAUUAAUGGCUAAAAGGGGGGAAGAGCAAGACAGAGAAGACAAGAUUUUGUUUACGUUUUUUUCUCUAAACUUUAAUAGAAUACAACAUUUGGAAGGCAAUGCCUGGCAAAAGUAGCAGCUUUGAAUGGUAUAUAAACCCCAAACAACUGGACAGCAUAUUAUUAAUAGGUCUGAUUAUAUUCUGUAUUUAAUGAGAAAGUAAGACAUAGUUAAAAGUUUUCUACUGUGCACCCUUGCUAUUAUUGUAGUUCUUAAAGAUCUGCAUUUCCUGCAGCUCCCUGUAAAGGAAAAGCUUUACCAGGACAUGCUUUCACAGGAUGCACACUGCCACUCCAGCUUACCCAGAACUGUUUGCUGACUAUUUUGAUCAGUUUGGUGAUCAAGAUGAACCUAUUUUAGCAAAGGGUUGGACUAGGUGACCUCUAUAGGUCCCUUCCAACUCCUAACAGCCUGUGAUUCUGUAAUCAAGUCAAAACUUCACAUUUAAUUUUUACUCUCUGUCCUUAAUGUGGGACCAUUUUUGUUCAGUUGUUUAGUUUUUGGGUUUUUUUAAAAAAAGUAAGUCAUUGGCAUUAAAUGUAUUUUCAAAUAGUUUCUGUGAAACUUCAGGCCUGCCCUGGAACUGGAAAUUGAGAGGGGAUGAGAAAUGCAAACUUGUAUGCAGUACUUUCAAAUACAUCAUUUUUAUGGUUGCCAGGGUUACAUUAACUAAAUUGGGAAACAUACCAUGCAUUUUAUUACUUUCAAGGAAUUCAUCAUCCUCUUUGUCAACAAGGUGCGGGUUGGUAGAGUAGGUUUUAAUGUUUUCAUCCAAGUACCAUGACUCAUUUUCAUCAAAAACCAUAAAAAGAAGAGCAAAUUGAACUUGCUUUUUGGUAUGAAAUGAUGGCAAAUAAUGUCUACGACACACAACAAGUGUGCCUAUUAAUCCACUGUAAGUGUCCUGAAAUUACAAAUUAAAAAUCAUAUAAUUACAAGAUGUGACUAAGCAGAAGCACUUAUAAAGCCAGACCUGAAUCUGGCAUUAUUUUUACAGCUGUCAGUAUUUUCCUGGCAAUAUUUUCAUAGCUGUCAGUAUCUGGGGAUAAAGGAAGCCAGUGUCAGAUAAACAAGGUGAUAUCUUCACUGUUAGAGGCUACACAUGGAUCAGGUUCAAUGGACUAUGAAGUGUAAUUGCCUCUUUUUCAUCUGUUGCUAGAAGUAAACAAUUUUAAUUUCUUGCUUAUCCUUUUGGGGUUUUUUUUUUUCCAAAUUCUUUUUAGGUUUUAGGAUUUUAAGCUUGGUUUCCAUUCAAAAUACACUUCUUGACACUUUUUCUAAGACAUGAAGGAAAGAAUACAUUCACUUCCACUAAAAAUUAUAAGUCAUGUUAAUAGGUGCUUGUACCAAAAUGGCAGAUUUAUGUUCCACGGUUGCAAAUCAGUCUUCCUACAUAACUCAUUAGAUAUUUAUUGAGCAAGCUAUAAAGUUUUGGCCUUGCCUUAAGAAUAAAAUCUGAGCAUGAUCUAUACAACAGCGUUAAAAACAAGAAGCAAGAACAUAAAGGACUAUGACUCUCACAUUCUGCCCCGACUUUCUUGCCUUAUUUAGGAGUCAUUUAAAUUAAAAGGUAUGGUAAUAGGGGGAAUGACUUGGAAGAGAAAGCAGAGUUUCAAACUCCUCUCCUUUUUGCUGUAAGUGUAUCUGUGUUGAAGUCAUGAACAAAAGCCUUUAGGUUGAUGUUAACAAUAUACCUUAAUGAUGUCCACUGUUGAAUGGUAUGCCCAUGCAAUACAAUUUGGGUCUCCUCUCCCAGAACUAGAUCUCUCUGGGAUUUUCCAGAUGUACACUUUUGUUUCACCUAAAUUAAAUAAAUAUUGAUGAAUUUCAGAAGUUUUCUAUGUGCAGACCUAUAAGAGGUCAUCCUGAAACAGAUAUCUCCAUUUACAGCUUAGAUUUCUCUUUAGUUUCCUCUCUCCAAUUGUGGCACUAGCUAGCAUCUUGCUAUCUGCCCUCCUGCAGAUCACUCACUCUUCUUGCCAACUGUCCAGUUUACAAAAGAUGCAAUUAUUUUUAUUAAGUAUGGUAAAGAUCACAGAGGAACCUGUGAAAGAAUAGCCAGCAUAAGCUGUGCUCUCCCUGUGUAGCCAAACCUUUUUGCUUUCAUGAAAGGUGCAGACAUGCUGCAUCAAAAAUGACUGAUCUGUCAAUGGCUAGGAUGCACAACAAUAGUCAGAAGGGCCAUUUUAAUUGUAGAAGUAUUUGUCGUAAGCACCAUCAAAAAUUUAAGAACCUGGGGUACAAACAAACAAACUGGAAGAUUAUCCUGCUAUCCUAAAAUGAAAGCUUGUUAAACCUUACUGGAAAAAUUGAUGUUAACUGCUAGAAAUAAACAUUGAUGCUUUGGUACCUGGGUUAGUUACAGCAACAACAGAACUGUCUGUUUUCACUCCAUGGGCAUGUAUAGAGUAAGGUCUUGAUGCCAAGUUCUUAAAAACUAUUUUGAUUUUAUCUCCAGUAUUUGACAUAAGCAGUGGCCCUGUUGGAUUAGAAAGAAAGAUUAGCUUGGUUCUAAAAAAGAUCAGAGCAGAGGAAGUCUGAGCACCUACUGUGUUUUUGAAGUCAGUUUUGGUGUCGCUGCCCAGUUUUAUGCUGACUUUGAAAAUACUGGACUUGUGAUCAGGCUGCAAACCAGACAGAUUUCUUUCUUGUAAAGCAAAGUAACCUUGCAAGGAAAGCACCAUAAUAAAAGCAGCAAAUCCAUGUUGUUUUAGGCACUUUGUAAGGACAGAACUAUACUCAGUAUUAUUCAGAUAGUAUCCUCAUCUUGUUUCAGUGCAUUUUUCCCAGUUUCAAGACUGAACUUCAUGAUGACUAUACCUUGAAUUUCCAGGUGCUGCUGCUCCUCUGCUCUGGUUUUGGGAGUACUGAAUGUCUGAUCAGUGUACUCCCGAUAUACAACCUUUCUGUAUUUUGAGCCAAUGAAUUUGUUGUCUUUAUUUAAAAAUGAGUUGCCAGGACUGAAAAGAAAAAAAAACAAA